AUGGGUCUUAACAACCUCAUCUCCAAGGUCAAGCCCUCUUCUGAGGCGCCAGAGACCUCUCAGUUCUCCUCUCAGGCACCUACCCCAUCUCGUGCUGACUCCACUGCUGAGAAGGAUACCACUAUCAUCGAUGAAAGCCCUGUCAAGUACUUGACAUGGCGUUCCUUCAUCCUUGGUCUGUGUGUCUCCAUGGGUGGUUUCAUCUUUGGUUACUCCACUGGUCAAAUCUCGGGUUUCACUUCUAUGACUGACUUCAAGAUGCGUUUCGCUGAGUACGACGCCGCCACUGAUACCUACGCCUUCAGCAACGUUCGCAACGGUCUCAUCGUUGGUCUGCUCUCUAUCGGAACUAUGAUCGGUGCCCUCGUCGCUGCUCCCAUGGCUGACCGUAUUGGCCGCAAGUACUCCAUCUCCUUCUGGGCUGUUAUCAACAUGGUUGGUAUCAUUGUGCAGAUUGCCGCCACCGAUAAGUGGGCACAGGUUGCUAUGGGUCGUUGGGUCAUGGGUCUGGGUGUCGGUGCUCUUUCUAGCGUCGUCCCCAUGUACCAGUCCGAGUCCGCUCCUCGCCAGGUCCGUGGUGCUAUGGUCAGCGCCUUCCAGUUGUUCGUCGCCUUCGGUAUCUUCAUCUCCUACAUCGUCAACUUCGGUACCUCCAAGAUGACCCACUCCACUGGCUCGUGGCGCAUCACCAUGGGUAUCGGUUUCGCCUGGCCCCUGAUCCUGGGUGUUGGUACCCUUUUCCUGCCCGAGUCCCCCCGUUUCUCUUACCGCCAAGGUCGUGUCGAGGAGGCCCGUGAGGUCAUGGCUAAGCUUUACGGUGUUCCCGAGAACCACCGUGUUGUUGCUCAGGAGAUGGCCGAUAUGAAGCAGAAGCUUGAUGAGGAGAACGCCGUUGGUGUUGCUCCCUGGCACGAGAUCCUCACCGGUCCCCGCAUGUUCUACCGUACCAUGCUUGGUAUUGCUCUGCAGUCCCUGCAGCAGCUGACUGGUGCCAACUUCAUCUUCUACUACGGUACUUCCAUCUUCAACGGUAUCGGUAUCAGCAACUCCUUCGUUACCUCCAUCAUCCUGGGUGCUGUCAACUUCGGUAUGACCCUGCCCGGUCUGUACAUCGUUGAGCACUACGGUCGUCGCAACUGUCUGAUGGCUGGUGGUGCCUGGAUGUUCGUCUGCUUCUUGAUCUGGGCCUCUGUUGGUCACGAGAUCCUCAACGCUGACCCCACCAACCACUCCGCUGGUGUUGUCAUGAUCGUCUUCACCUGCUUCUUCAUUGUCGGUUUCGCCACCACCUGGGGUCCCAUCGUUUGGGCCAUCUGUGGUGAGAUGUACCCCUUCCGCUACCGUGCUACCUGCAUGGGUGUCGCCACCGCCGCCAACUGGACCUGGAACUUCCUCAUCUCCUUCUUCACUCCCUUCAUCUCCAGCGCCAUUGACUACCGUUACGGUUACGUCUUUGCUGCCUGCUGUUUCGCCGCCGUCCUGGUUGUCUUCUUCUUCGUCAACGAGACCCAGGGUCGCACUCUUGAGGAGGUUGACACCAUGUACGUCCUGCAGGUCAAGCCCUGGAAGUCCGCCAGCUGGGUUGCCCCUGAGGGUAUCAUCGCCGAUAUCCACGCUCCUCACGAGCCCAAGCCCGCUGAGAGCGGUGUUGGCGAGCACCAGCACCACGACGGUGUUGAGAUUGCCGAGGAGCAGCAGUAA